AUGUCGACCCUCGCUUCAUCUCGAAAGAGGGCAUCGACCCCCUCUUCCCCAAGCACCAGCUUGAGCAAGAAACUAAAGCUGACAAGCAUUUCCCCACCCCAGCUUAUCAUCUCACCCGCCGCGCUUACGACACUUCUGAACCAAGAUCCAGCCGAUCUCAUGCCCGAUCUGCGGAUGCAGGUGACAUGUCUCAAACUGUUUCUCCUGGUAAUUGCGCGCAUGCGAGAAAACAUACCAAGUGUGCAAAAGGCUUCACCGAAACACAAACGUAAGCACGAAGUUGGGUACAGACAAGCUGUGGAGGCUCUCAACAAGUUAGAUAUUCUAGGCAUCGCGACAAAGAAAAUGAUCGCUGCAGUUAAUGAUAUUGAGAAGCUUACGAGGGACAUUGAUGAGAUUUUGGAAAUUGACGCGCCUUCGUUUCCUAAUGUGCAGCUGAAGAGGUCAUGUGAAGAUUUUAUGGGCGUGUAUGAGGAGAGAUUGGCCAGCUUGGACCCUAUGAGAGAAAAUGGCUGUGAUGAGAGAGAGCAAGAAAUGGCGUGA